ACCAUAACCACGAAAUGACACCUCUUAGUGACAGCAAAUGUCCCCUCUGUUCUAAACUUUCCUUCAUCCUUUUCGAGCUGUGUGAUCGCUGACAGUCACUAUUUUUGUUACAGCCACCUUGGUUACAGCCUUGUUUCUGGUUGAAGAUGAAAGUCACCAACAUGUUUCAGUUGUUUUAUUUUCUCUUUGUAUUUUUCUAUGUUACGACUCUUGCUCAAAGGCUGCUCCUUCGAGAUAUUGUUGUUGUUGUCAUGAGUCAGCAAGACCCUUAUGAUACAUCUCUAGCUGAAAAUCUACGAGACAACAUAUACAAGCAAGCAGAAACACUCCAAAUGGCUCCACCACCUAUGCAUUUUGCGCAUACUGACUUUGUUCAUCCUGGAGCAUGGACACUUUUACCAAUAUUACCACAAUUGGACUCAAUGUAUGGUAAAAACAGUUCAUACAUUCUAUUUUGUCAAAGCUCUACUUCUGUUGAUGCUGUCAAACUUUUGAAAGUUCUUGGGAAAUAUGCUCCAAAACAGGAGAGAUGGUAUGGUCAUGCAUUAAGAGAUCAAGAUACUACAAUUAUUCAUCACUUUGCUUUUCCCAAGAACCCCAACGCAUUCAAAUACCCCAAUUUAGCGUCAGGAGUUAUUAUGACUAUCGAUUUAAUAAAAAAGUUGUCACAAAGGUUGCAAGUAGGUGAUUAUCCAAAAAAUCCAGACUUUUCGAUCGAUGCUGCUCAUGAGCUUGCUCUUUUUAUAUGGCAGGAGGGGAAAGGUCCAGAGUUAAGGCACUUAGAUUCUAUGUGUGCUAGACCAGGACCUCAUUGUGUCACAAAACCACAUAUUUUUGUUCCUUGUGAGAAACCAGUAAAGUCCAAAGAUAUCUAUUUUGCUGUGAAAACCUGUUCCAAGUUUCAUAAAGAAAGACUACCUGUAGUGAAGGAUACUUGGGGUAAAUACACAUCUCGAAUUAAUUUUUUCAGUGAUGUAGAAGACUCCAGUGUUGGUUCAAUAAGUCUUGGAAUACCAAAUACUGAACGUGGUCAUUGUGGGAAAACACUCGCGAUUUUGAGUUAUGUAUCAAGUCAGCACAUUGUAGAUCCCAGCAUCAAAUGGUUGGUCAUUGCAGACGAUGACACAAUUUUAAGUGUUGGGCGUUUGCGUAAACUGCUGUCCUGCUAUAAUGCGUCUACAAAAGUGGCACUAGGAGAAAGAUACGGAUAUAAUGUGGCUCUGCCAAGGGCGACAGGAGGCUACAAUUACAUCACAGGUGGUGGUGGAAUCAUUCUCAGCAUACCACUUGUGCAGGUUCUUGCCAAGGGAGAAAAUUGUAUCUGUCCAUCAAAUUCAACACCUGAUGACAUGUACUUGGGAAUCUGUCUGGCAAAUUUGGGUGUUCCUAUUAUUCAUUCGCCACAUUUCCAUCAGGCAAGGCCCUCUGAUUAUGCAAAAGGCUAUUUAGAAUCUUACCGGCCAAUUUCCUUUCAUAAACAUUGGAUGGUAGAUCCUAAACAAGUGUACAGAGACUGGUUCGAAUUUGAUGAUGCAUCAUUGUCCACAUUACAUGAAGAGCUUUAAAAUGAAUGUGAAGACUUUUAUGGUUUUUGAGAGUGACUGAGAAUAUUUGCUAUUAUUAUUUUGUGACUGAAUGUUUUUUGGAACUGGUGUUUGAUGAUCAUUCAACCUGUUUUUUGUAGAUCUAUGCCUUUAUUAUAAUUUUAAAAGGCCAAUUUUGUGUAGCAAAUGCAUGAAAUGGGCAAAAAUACUCAUAUCAUUCCUUAGAGUGGGUUUAGUCAUUCUAAGCUUAAUCAAUAUCACGGCAAGACUUAUUUAUGUGCAGCUUAUUUGAACUAGAACUAAGAACUGAUAUUGUUUUUUGUUUUUAACAUCCUAGGUAAAUAGUGCUAGCCACCUAUUUAGUUCUGAGUCUUUCUGAGGGGUAUAGUUGACUUAUGUACCUGUACAAACAUUCCAAUGCUGCAAAAUGAACCCAUCAGCUCAGCUUUUGUUAUUACCCGAGUUACUUGUGGCGAUUUGUGGGCCCUACCCCAUCUCGCAGUUGGCUGUGAAUCACGAUUAAGUGGUAUCUCCUCCUCUUCUUAUAAAUUUAUUGAAUAAUU